GCCUGCGCGAGCCCAGCAGCGCUCCUGGGGAAAAGAUGCCGCCAGGGUUGGACCAAGCGGUUGGGUGGCGGGGCCUGCACUGCACACGCGCAGACCUGACCCCGCGUCUCCGGCCCGCAGCGUGCUUCCCGGGCGGGCGCCGCCGCAAUGCCCCGGGAGAUCAUCACCUUGCAGCUGGGCCAGUGUGGCAACCAGAUCGGCUUCGAGUUCUGGAAGCAGCUGUGCGCCGAGCAUGGCAUCAGCCCCGAGGGCAUCGUGGAGGAGUUCGCCACCGAGGGCACCGACCGCAAGGACGUCUUCUUCUACCAGGCGGACGACGAGCACUACAUCCCGCGGGCAGUGCUGCUGGACCUGGAGCCCCGAGUCAUCCACUCAAUCCUGAACUCCGCCUACGCCAAGCUCUAUAACCCCGAGAACAUCUACCUGGCCGAGCACGGCGGCGGCGCCGGCAACAACUGGGCCCGGGGCUUCUCGCAGGGGGAGAAGAUCCAUGAGGACAUCUUUGACAUCAUAGACCGAGAGGCAGAUGGCAGUGAUAGUCUGGAGGGCUUCGUGCUAUGUCACUCCAUCGCAGGGGGCACGGGCUCUGGUCUGGGCUCCUACCUCCUGGAGCGGCUGAAUGACAGGUACCCCAAGAAGCUGGUACAGACGUACUCAGUGUUCCCCAGCCAGGAUGAGAUGAGUGACGUGGUGGUGCAGCCCUACAACUCCCUGCUCACACUCAAGCGACUCACACAGAACGCAGACUGCGUGGUGGUGCUGGACAACACAGCACUCAACCGGAUCGCCACGGACCGCCUGCAUAUCCAGAACCCGUCCUUCUCCCAGAUCAACCAGCUGGUGUCCACCAUCAUGUCAGCCAGCACCACCACCCUGCGCUACCCUGGCUACAUGAACAACGACCUCAUCGGCCUCAUCGCUUCCCUCAUCCCCACACCGAGGCUGCACUUCCUCAUGACCGGCUACACCCCGCUCACCACGGACCAGUCGGUGGCCAGCGUGAGGAAAACCACGGUGCUGGAUGUCAUGCGGCGGCUGCUGCAGCCCAAGAAUGUGAUGGUGUCCACGGGCCGGGACCGCCAGACCAACCACUGUUAUAUCGCCAUCCUCAACAUCAUCCAGGGCGAGGUGGACCCCACGCAGGUGCACAAGAGCCUGCAGAGGAUCCGAGAGCGCAAGUUGGCCAACUUCAUCCCCUGGGGCCCAGCCAGCAUCCAGGUGGCGCUGUCCAGGAAGUCGCCAUACCUGCCAUCUGCCCACCGGGUCAGCGGGCUCAUGAUGGCCAACCACACCAGCAUCUCCUCGCUCUUUGAAAGCUCCUGCCAGCAGUAUGACAAGCUGCGGAAGCGGGGCGCCUUCCUGGAACAGUUCCGAAAAGAGGACAUCUUCAAGGACAACUUCGACGAGAUGGAGCGGUCCAGGGAAGUGGUGCAGGAGCUGAUUGAUGAGUACCACGCGGCCACACGGCCCGACUACAUCUCCUGGGGCACCCAAGAGCAGUGAGCCCUGCUCCACAGGAUACACAGCCCCCCAAGGGGUCCCCAGCCCUGCAUUCCUGCCCAAUCUUCAGGUCCAUGCACAGCCCUGGAAGGGGCCCCACCAUCUGGCUUCUGUUCUCAGCCCUUGAUGUGUUUGUUCUGUUCUAAUAAAAUAAUAAAGCUUGGUGAUGAGAGUCAGGUUCAA